AGCGGUCCAUGGUGCAGCGCAUGUGGGCCGAGGCGGUCGGGCCCGCGGGCGGCGCCGAGCCACUGUUCCCGGGCUCCCGGCGGAGCCGCAGCGUGUGGGACGCCGUGCGCCUGGAGGUGGGCGUCCCCGACAGCUGCCCGGUGGUGCUGCACAGCUUCACGCAGCUCGACCCGGACCUGCCGCGCCUGGAGAGCUCCACGCAGGAGAUUGGCGAGGAGCUGAUCAACGGGGUCAUCUACUCCAUCUCCUUGCGCAAGGUGCAGCUGCAGCAUGGAGCUAGCAAGGGCCAGCGCUGGCUCGGGUGUGAGAAUGAGUCGGCCCUGAACCUCUACGAGACCUGCAAGGUGCGGACGGUGAAGGCGGGCACGCUGGAGAAGCUGGUGGAGCACCUGGUGCCCGCCUUCCAGGGCAGCGACCUUUCCUACGUCACUGUCUUCUUGUGCACCUACCGAGCCUUCACCACCACCCAGCAGGUGCUGGACCUGCUCUUCAAAAGGUACGGUAGAUGUGACGCCCUCACGGCCUCCUCUAGAUAUGGCUGCAUCCUCCCCUACUCCAGCGAGGACGGCGGGCCACAGGACCAACUCCGAAACGCCAUCUCCUCCAUCCUGGGCACCUGGCUGGACCAGUACUCGGAGGAUUUCUGUCAACCUCCAGACUUUCCCUGCCUCAAGCAGCUGGUGGCUUAUGUGCAGCUCAACAUGCCUGGCUCGGACCUGGAGCGCCGCGCCCACCUUCUCCUGGCCCAGCUGGAGGACAUGGAGCCCGGCGAUGCUGAGCCUGAGGCGUUGUCGCCAGCUCCAGUGCUAGCUCUAAAACCAGCCACAGAUCUGGAGCCGACUCCAGUCCCGCUGCUGACAUCCACUCCCAUAGCAGCACCAACAUCAGGCCCACAGCUGGAGCCAGCCUCGUCUUCCGAGCUAGAGUCGGCUCCAGCACCUGCUCUGGAGCAGGAGCUGUCGCUGGAGCUCGAGCCGGCUGGCGUGGCUGCUGUGGAGCUGGAGCCCACUCCAGGCCCUGGGCCAUCCGUCGAGCCACCCUGGCCUCUCCCACCGGCGGCCCCAGAGAAUGGCCUGAGCCAGGAGCAGCCUCACAUCCUGGUCUUCUCUCCGGACCUGGUGGCCGAGCAGUUCACGCUGAUGGACGCAGAGCUGUUCAAAAAGGUGGUGCCCUACCACUGCCUGGGCUCCAUCUGGUCGCAGCGGGACAAGAAGGGCAAGGAGCACCUGGCACCCACCAUCCGCGCCACCGUCGCCCAGUUCAACAACGUGGCCAACUGUGUCAUCACCACCUGCCUCGGGGACCGGAGCAUGAAGGCCUCGGACAGGGCCCGGGUAGUGGAGCACUGGAUCGAGGUGGCCAGGGAGUGCCGAGUCCUGAAGAACUUCUCUUCCCUGUAUGCCAUCCUCUCUGCCCUGCAGAGCAACGCCAUCCACCGCCUGAAGAAGACGUGGGAAGAUGUCUCCAGGGACAGCGUCCGAGUAUUCCAGAAGCUGUCCGAGAUUUUCUCUGAUGAGAACAAUUACUCGCUGAGCAGAGAGCUGCUUAUCAAGGAAGGGACCUCUAAGUUUGCCACCCUGGAGAUGAACCCCAGGAGAGCUCAAAGGCGGCCAAAGGAGAUGGGUGUCAUCCAGGGCACCGUCCCCUACCUGGGCACUUUCCUCACUGACCUGGUGAUGCUGGACACUGCCAUGAAAGACUAUCUGUAUGGGAGACUGAUCAACUUCGAGAAGAGGAGGAAGGAGUUUGAGGUGAUCGCCCAGAUCAAGCUGCUGCAGUCGGCCUGCAACAAUUACAGCAUCGCGCCCGAGGAGCACUUCGGGGCCUGGUUCCGGGCCCUGGAGCGGCUCAGUGAGGCUGAGAGCUACAGCCUGUCAUGCGAGCUGGAACCCCCAUCCGAGUCGGCCAGCAACACUCUCAAGUCCAAGAAGAGCACGGCCAUCGUCAAGCGCUGGAGCGACCGCCAGGCCCCCAGCACUGAGCUCAGUACCAGCGGCAGCUCCCACUCCAAGUCCUGUGACCAGCUCAGGUGCGGCCCCUACCUCAGCAGCGGGGACAUCGCUGAUGCCCUCAGUGUGCACUCGGCCGGCUCCUCUAGCUCCGACGUGGAGGAGAUCAACAUGAGCUUUGUCCCAGAGUCCCCGGACGGCCAGGAAAAGAAGUUCUGGGAGUCAGCCUCCCAGUCCUCCCCAGAGACAUCUGGCAUCAGCUCGGCCUCCAGCAGCACGUCCUCGUCCUCGGCCUCCACCACACCCGUGGCCACCACGCGCACCCACAAGCGCUCCGUCUCAGGGGUCUGCAGCUACAGCUCCUCGCUGCCGCUCUACAACCAGCAAGUGGGGGACUGCUGCAUCAUCCGCGUGAGCCUGGACGUGGACAACGGCAACAUGUACAAGAGCAUCCUGGUGACAAGCCAGGAUAAGGCCCCCACUGUCAUCCGCAAGGCCAUGGACAAACACAACCUGGACGAGGACGAGCCAGAGGACUACGAGCUGGUGCAGAUCAUUUCCGACGACCGCAAGCUGAAGAUCCCCGAAAAUGCCAAUGUGUUCUACGCCAUGAACUCUACUGCCAACUACGACUUUAUCCUGAAGAAGCGGACCUUCACCAAGGGGGCAAAAGUCAAGCAUGGAGCCAGCUCAACCCUCCCUCGCAUGAAGCAGAAAGGACUCAAGAUUGCCAAGGGCAUCUUCUAAGGACCUCUCCCCGGGGUGUGGCUGGCCAUGGCUCAGCGCCUACAGCCCAGAGUGGCCCAGGCCAAAUAGGCACCUUCUGCCUACCUGCCAGCCCAGGCCACCUCCAUCUCCAGUUUCACCCGAACCCCUCCUGCCGCCGGGAUUGACACCUGCCGUCUGACAGGCUGACCUGGCCUCCGUGGACCACUUGCUGCCUUAGGUGCCUUCUGCUCUCUGGAACCAGAGGACUAGCUAACCUGUCAAGGAGGAUGGCCGUGGGCGUGGUGCCCAGGCCUGCCCCCAGCACCACCCUCCAGAUACUUCCCUGACACCUUCCCAGGUGCAGGUCACUGCCACCUGUGCCCCAGGCACCCCAGGGCACCCACUCAGCCAGCAGGGCUCACCACUGCAGUUCUCUCCUCCUGCGCAUGGCGCUGGGCUGUGACCACUGCCACCACUCUAGCCUUUCUCGGCUGCACCAAAGAUUCCAUCCUCGGGGCCGAGCAGAGAGGGAGGCUCUCACCACCCAUGCUCCUCUCCCCGUGGGCGUCGCAUCUCAUGCCACUGCAAGUGCCAUUUACCACUGCAUCUGGGCUGGGCCAGACCACACGAGGUGGGGUCGGGAGGGAAGGGGGCUUGGGGAGGCGGAGGGCAAUUGAAUAUUUGUAUAGAAAGAAAAAAAAUGUUUACUGAUUGGGGCGGGGCAAUAUUUAUUUGUUGUAAAUAGAAAAUGCUAGACUUGAAUAUUAUAUUAAAACCUCGUUUCUACUA